AUGACAUUAAGAUAUUCAUUCAACAAAGAUUAUAUUAUUUUAUUACUCAUUUCUAAGGGCUUGACUUGCUAUACUCAUUUGAAAUGUAAUCGUGGUUAUGAACCAGCAUGUUUAGAUUGGUCAGAUAUUUGCGAUGGUAAAGUUGAUUGUCUUGAUGGAAAUUAUGAUGAAGAACAUUGCAGACAACCUGAAUUAAAUAAAUGUAAAGAAAAUGAAUUUAUUCAUGACGCUAGACUAAGAAAUUUCGAUUGUAUUAACAAAUCUGAUAAAAUUGAAAGAAUUGCUAAUCAAAAUCUAUUCUUUGGCGUAACUGACGGAGUUUUUGGACAUGAAGAUGCGAGAUGUAGAACAACAUUCCUGACAAGUAGUUGUGAUUUUCAGUAUUCAAAUCAACUUAUCGAAUGA